GCGGGAGGUAGAUAGUGAGAUCGGCCCGGCGGGUAUGUCUGGGCAUUGGAUACUUCUCACCGAGCGGCAUUGCCUCUCAAGGGACCAAAAGGUUCCGAUUUUGACAGUUUUUUGCGCAACUCAUUAUACAUUUUUCCUCCAUGGCUGUCAACUCCUGGGCAGGCUGUACGACACUCCUCUUGGCACUCCUCUUGGACUCGGUGACAGCUGCGCGACAUCGCCAGGAUCAGACAAAAAACUGGGCAAUGGCAAUGGCCCUGGCUGAGUUGGAGUCCGGCAUGGUGCCUGGUGCGGUCAAUCGUGCGCUGAAAGCUGCUUCAAGGAGCCUCGACGCCCGCUUGGACGAGCUCAAGGAGAAACAGCAGGAAGCCGAGACAAAGAAGGUUUCUGCAGCAAGCGCGCUGCAAAAGAAACUGGCUCUCGUGGAUGACGUGAAUGCCAAGACCAAAGCAGUGGAGGCCAAGGCCAAGUCGAAGCGGGACGCCAUGGUCGCAGUGGAAAAGGCGGCCACGGCGCACACUGAAAGUGGCAAGGCCCAUCAGGAUGCUGUCGAGAAGCGGAACAAGCUCAGUCAAGAUGUUGAAGAUUUGGAUGUGAAGAUCACCGAAAAGAACACCGCUAUGAUGAAAGCCCUGCAAAAGAUGAAAAAUGAGAUCGAAGACUUAAAGGAUCAGCGUGACAAGAAGGUCCAGGAGCGGGACAGUGCGGAACACGAGCAACUUGACCUGAAGGGCAAGGUGAUGGCUGCCACCAAGUUCAAGGCUGGUGUGCAGCAGGAACAGGUGAAGGCCGAGAAAGCAGUGCAGGACGCACAGCAGGAACUUGAUGAAUUGCAAGCGAGCCUUGACAACGCAGUUACUGAUGCCACUGUGGCAGAAGUCGCAGAUACUGAGGCUGCGGACAAACUUCGAGACGCCAAAAAGCAGGCUGACCGUGCCAACAGGAUGGUGAAGCUGAUCGAGCAGUUGAAGCAGUCGAUCAAGACCUACUACAAGUCAGUGGAUGAUUUGGACGAUGAUAUGAUGGACAGGGACGCCGCAGGCCUAUUCAACAUUAACGAAGCUUCGGUGGAUCAGCUGAUGUCUAUUCCCAGCAUUGGCAGGAAGAGGGCUGAAAAGAUUGUGGCACACCGGGAGCAGCAUGGGCCUUUCCACUCGCGAGAAGAGUUGAUGGAGGUCUACGGCAUUGGCCCAAUUCUCUCCAGCAGAAUCUCUGAAUAUGUGACCUUCCAAGGUGAAGGCGGUGGCAGUGGAGGUGAGCCAUGGAACAUCAUCAAGACGAAUCCGCUCCUCAAGACUGCCUAUAAGAACUACAACCUCAUGGUGAAUGUCUUCAUGGAACUCCAUGCCUUUGACGAUGAGACCUACCAGAAGGUGAAGCCAGCCACCAAGGAGAUUGAUGAGAACUCUUUCACUGCGAUCUAUCUUGCAUGUGAUCCAGACACCAAGUUUGGCAAGAUCCAAGCCAACAACACGGAGCUGGACAAAGUGUGCGGCAGCGGACUUUGGGAUGCAGUUGGGAUCACCAGGAGCACCUUCCCAUAAGCGGCGGAUGGUCCCUGCAGGAAGGGAAACUAGCGAGUGCAGGUGCAACAUCGAGCUCGACUUGUUCUGCAGAUGUCCGUUCACUGGAUCGAUUUGGAUGCUCCAUCGACCGAGGACGAAGACUACGCGAUG